CUUUUUUUUUCCAAUAAACCCAAUAGUAGACUUUAUUUUUUUAGUCCUCUCCUUCGUAAAUCGUGACUCGUACUAUUAAAAGCUCCCACACGACCACAAAAAUCCCAGUUCUCAUUUAUGAGUUUCUCCAUGGGACGAAGGAAAACCAAUAAUAGCUCUCUAAAUUUGAAGAAAAUUCUUUCAUUUCUUUGGUUAACAAGUCUACUGUCUGUAUGUCUAGCGAGGGAGAUUCCGGCGUCGAAAAAUUUAUGGAGGUCGGAAUCAGAAAAACUAAGAGAAGAAACAGAACAAAUUGGGUAUGGUUAUGAAGUAGAGUGGGCUGAGUUUGACAAAAAUGGAAAGUCCAUUACUGCAAUGCUUAAGGUUGUACAGAGUUCUUCUGUUUAUGGACCUGAUAUUGACUCGCUCUGCCUCACUGCCAGUUUCGAGACGGAUGACAUUCUAAGAGUCCGAAUCAUCGACGCAGACAACCAACGUUGGGAGGUACCCGAACAAGCAAUCUCUCGUCAAUUGCCCACAAAAUCCCUAACAUGCGCAACAUCUUCCGUCUCCCUACCCUCCUCCCCUUCCUUACACCGUCCUCGUCCCAUCACCCACGACCUUAACUUCACUCUCCACCGCACUUCCCCAUUCGGGUUCACCAUCUCCCGUAUAUCCACCGGCGACAUCCUUUUCGACACCAGACCCGACCCAUCAAACCCGAACACAUUCCUCAUUUUUAAGGACCAAUAUCUCCAACUAUCUUCCUCCCUUCCUGUUGAAAAUGCUCAUUUGUAUGGACUUGGUGAACAUGUUAAGCCUACUUUUAUGUUGGCCCGUAACCAGAGUUUGACGUUAUGGAAUGCGGAUACUCCGAGUAGUAAUUUGGAUGUUAAUUUAUAUGGGUCUCACCCGUUUUAUAUGGAUGUGAGGUCGGAUCCUGAAGCCGGGUCUACUCAUGGUGUGUUGCUGUUGAAUAGUAAUGGGAUGGAUGUUGAUUAUAGUGGUGAUAGGAUUACUUAUAAGGUUAUUGGUGGUAUUAUUGAUCUUUAUUUCUUUGCUGGGCCUACUCCUGCUGCUGUGAUGGAUCAGUAUACUGGGCUUAUUGGUCGGCCUGCUCCAAUGCCUUAUUGGGCUUUUGGUUUUCAUAAUAGUCGGUAUGGUUACCGUGAUGUGUAUGAACUGGAAUCCGUGGUAAAUGAAUACUCAAACGUCAACAUUCCUCUGGAAGUACUUUGGGCUGAUAUUGAUUACAUGGAUGCUUUCAAGGAUUUCACUUUUGAUCCUGUCAAUUUCCCCCAAGACAAGAUGCGUAAAUUGGUUAGAAAAAUCCAGAAGGGUGGCCAAAGAUUUGUAGCCAUUGUUGAUCCUGGUAUAAGUAUAAAUGAAACUUAUGACAGCUACAUCAGGGGAAAGGAACUUCAUAUCUUCAUCAAACGAGAUGGUAAACCAUAUGAAGGUUCUGUUUGGCCAGGCCCUGUACAUUUCCCUGAUUUCCUACACCCUUCUGCUUCAACAUAUUGGACUGAAGAACUCAGGAAGUUUCUAGACUUACUUCCAGCCGAUGGAAUAUGGAUCGACAUGAAUGAACCCGCGAAUUUCAUUACAUCAGAACCUUCACCAGGAUCCACCCUUGAUGAUCCCCCAUAUAAAAUCAAUGAUUAUGGUAUUCAACGCCCGAUCAUCAACAAAACAAUCCCACCAACAGCAGUGCAUUAUGGGGAUAUUCGAGCAUACGAUGCUCAUAACUUGUAUGGACAUCUACAAGCUAAAACAACGUAUGAAGCACUGGCGGAGAUUACAGGAACUAGGCCAUUUGUGCUGUCGAGAUCGACUUUUGUUGGGUCGGGAAAGUAUGCUGCACAUUGGACUGGAGAUAAUGCUGCUACUUGGGAGGAUAUGGCUUAUAGUAUUCCUUCUAUUUUGAACUUUGGAUUGUUUGGAAUUCCUAUGGUUGGUGCUGAUAUUUGUGGGUUUGUGGGGGAUACUACUGAAGAACUCUGUCAACGUUGGAUUCAGUUAGGGGCAUUCUACCCUUUCGCAAGGGAUCAUACAAACAAAGGUACCAUACCACAAGAACUUUACCGAUGGGAUUCUGUUGCAACAACAGCAAAGAAAGUAUUAGGCAUGCGUUACCGUCUUCUUCCUUACUACUAUACCUUAAAUUACAAGGCACAUAAGACAGGAAUCCCCAUUGCAAGGCCUUUGUUCUUUGCUUUUCCUGAAGAUGUCAAGACUUAUGAUCUUAGUACACAAUUCCUUAUUGGAGAUGCUAUUAUGGUUUCUCCUGUUCUUGAACAAGGUGCUACGUCUGUUAAUGCGUAUUUCCCUGAAGGAAGCUGGUUCAAUCUGUUUGAUUAUACUGAAUCUGUGACAUCUUCUAGUGAAAGACAUCAUCAUAAUCUUGAUGCACCUCUUGAUGAGAUCAAUGUUCAUGUUCGAGAAGGGAACAUUAUUCCUAUGCAAGGGAUAGAAAGAACAACAAAAAGAGCAAGAAACACACCAUUUCAUCUCUUGGUAGUAAUGAACGAAGAUGGAGAAAGUCAUGGAGAACUCUUCUUAGACAAUGGCGACGAAUUAGAAAUGGGAGUAGAAAACACAAACAAAAGAAAGGAAACAAAAUGGACUUAUGUAGAAUUCUCUGCAGUUUUGAAAGGUAAUAGUUUAGUUAUUAAGUCACUUGUCACCCACAGGCAAUAUGCCAAGAGGGAAAAAUGGUACAUAGAAAAGAUAGUCGUUCUUGGACUAAGAAAAGAGACUAAAAUACAACACUAUAUCCUACAAUCUGAUUUUGGACAUGAUUCUCAAGAUCAUAGAAGAAUUCUAACAAGUUUGGAUAAAAGUGGCAAGUUUAAUAUUAUUUCAUUCGCGGGUUUGAGCUUGUCUGUUGGAGAUGAUUUAAGGUUCGAGUUAACUUUGAAUUUUGACGGAUCUGAUUUAUCAUUAUCAUGAGCAAAUUUAUGUAGUUUUAAGAGUAGAAUUUAUGGGAAAAUAAUUGAAUCGGAUUCUCUGAUAUGUAUUAGUAGGAGUACUAGUUAGAUUUUUGAUUUGGUGGUGCAUUUUCUUUGGGGAUGAAAUUGGUGUGCACCGGUUUGUAAUAAACUGUAAUGGUUAUUCUGUCUGUUUUUUAAUGAUAGAAUGUUUACUAUGUCCUUGAUUAUUUUUUAAUACAUCUUUUGUCUUAGUA